UCUUCUACCACUACUAGCCUCCCCCAUUUUAACUCAUCAAAACUAAAUGCCCCCAAAAAAAACCCUAACCCUAUCAACCUUAAUACUCACUUAGGCAAAAGCCUGAAAACGAAGCAACGAACUCUCUCUCUCUCUGCCUCUCUCAGCCAUGACCGACGUCGAGCUCUCUCGUUCCGAGAAAAAGAAGAAGAAGAGCAACAAAUCCAAAGAUGAGGCUCAACCACAAGACCAGUCACAGACCGACUUCGAUUACCUGAUCAAGCCCCAGAGCUUCACUCCCUCCGUCGACACCUCUCAGUGGCCGAUCCUUCUCAAGAACUACGACCGCCUCAAUGUACGCACCGGACACUACACUCCUCUUCCCUCCGGUUACUCCCCUCUCAAGCGUCCUCUCGCCGAGUACAUCAGGUACGGUGUUCUCAAUCUCGACAAACCCGCUAACCCUUCGUCUCACGAGGUCGUCGCUUGGAUCAAACGGAUCCUCCGGGUCGAGAAAACGGGUCACAGUGGUACCUUAGACCCGAAAGUCACUGGAAAUCUCAUCGUCUGUAUCGACCGAGCCACCCGUCUUGUGAAAUCGCAACAGGGUGCCGGAAAAGAGUAUGUCUGUGUUGCCCGGUUGCAUUCGGCGGUGCCGGAGGUCGCCAAGGUGGCUCGGGCGCUGGAGACUCUGACCGGGGCGGUGUUUCAGAGGCCGCCGUUGAUUUCGGCGGUGAAGAGACAGCUUAGGAUUAGGACUAUAUAUGAGAGUAAGCUAUUAGAGUAUGACGCAGAUAAGCAUUUGGUUGUUUUCUGGAUAUCUUGUGAGGCGGGAACGUAUGUGAGGACUUUGUGUGUUCAUUUGGGGUUGAUUCUUGGUGUUGGAGGGCAUAUGCAGGAGUUGCGUCGAGUGAGGUCUGGUAUUAUGGGGGAGAAGGAUAACAUGGUGACGAUGCACGAUGUGAUGGAUGCACAAUGGGUUUAUGAUAAUUACAGGGAUGAGACUUAUUUGAGGAGGGUAAUAAUGCCACUGGAAGUGCUUUUGACUAGUUAUAAGAGGCUGGUGGUGAAGGAUUCCGCUGUGAAUGCGAUCUGUUAUGGUGCGAAAUUGAUGAUUCCAGGGCUGUUGAGGUUUGAAAAUGAUAUUGAGGUUGGGGAGGAGGUUGUGUUGAUGACUACUAAGGGAGAGGCCAUUGCAUUGGGUAUUGCAGAGAUGACGACGGCGGUGAUGGCCACUUGUGAUCAUGGGAUUGUUGCGAAGAUUAAGAGGGUGGUAAUGGAUAGGGAUACUUAUCCGAGGAAAUGGGGGUUGGGACCGAGGGCUUCAAUGAAGAAGAAGCUAAUUGCAGAGGGGAAGUUGGAUAAGCAUGGAAAACCGACUGAGAAAACCCCCUCAGAAUGGUCGAGGAAUGUGGCUCUCCCGACAGGAGGGGAUUCUGUGGUUGCGGGCCUCGCAGCUGUGACUGAACCAGUUUUGGUGCAGGUAGAGGAGGUUGAGAAGAAAAAGAAAAAGAAAGAUAAGGAAAAUGGAGAGGAAGGGCGUAAGCGCAAGUUGGAUGAAGUUGGAGGUGGUCCUGCUCCAGAUGGUGCUAAGAAAGCAAGGGUUGAAGUUGAGGGAGCUGAGGAGGUGAUAGUGAAGGGUGAGGGAGAGGUUGUGGAAGUGAAGAAGAAAGAAAAGAAAAAGAAGAAGAAGAAAGAGGGUGAUGAAGCUGUGCCUUCUGAUGUGGAGACGCCUAAGAAGGAGAAGAAAAAGAAGGAUAAAGAGAAGGAACAGUCUGGCUCAUCAGAUGAGGAGAAAUCUGAAAAGAAGAAAAAGAAGAAGAAGAAGAAGAAGAGUAGUGAAGAUGCAGUGAAUGGUGAUUCCUCUGUUUUUCCAACAGCUACUACAGGGAGUGAUGAUGACGCAAGCAAAAGUGAAAAGAAGAAGGAGAAGAAGAAAAAGAAGAGUAAGGAUGCAGAACAGGAGUAAUGAAGAGACUGGACUCUCAGCUUUGAUGGGGAUAAUUUCUAUUUGAACCAGGCACAAAUAUUCCUGGCAGUAGAUCUAUUGAGGUGGGAUCAAAUGAAGUUUGAGACAUUUUGCGACCUUCAAAAGACAACGGAUAAUGAUACUGUUGGGGAUAUUAGUUUUAGUAUUAGUUGUAUUUUGUUUCAUUUUGAUGAGGUUGGUGGUUGCUAGCUCUUGUUUGCUCAUCUUCCUUUAAAAGAACAUCAUUUGCAGAUUGGGUGUGCCUGAGGCAGGAUAUUUAAAUUAGCUGAUUGGCAUGCCUUUCAAAAAUCAAAAUGCAUAUGGAAUGGUUUUUGGUU